AUGGAGGAUUUCAGUUAUGUUAUUUAUCUUGUGCUAUUCUGCUGGAGCCUACUUGGUGCCUUCCGGUUGGUAUCGAGCCAUUGGAGAAAGCCCUCUCAUGCCAAGCUACCCCCGGGGCCUGCGCCUCUACCUGUGAUUGGGAACCUCCUGUCUCUCGGUGACAGAGCCCACAGGACCCUCGCAGACCUGGCCCGGAUCCAUGGCCCUGUGAUGUCCCUGAAGCUUGGUUGCGUGACCUCGGUGGUGAUUUCCUCGGCUGCUGCUGCCAAGGAAGUGCUGCAGAAGCAUGACCUCUCCUUCUCUGACAGGGCCGUGCCUGAUGGGGUUGACGAGCUUGUCGAGCAUGUCCGGGAAUGUGCUGGCGCCAGUAACCCAGUUGAAAUUGGGCAGGCGGCAUUCAGCACGACCCUGAACUUACUCUCUAACACCAUUUUCUCGAUGGACCUGGCGGAUCCGAGCUCAGAGACAGCGAGGGAGUUCAAGGGGCUGGUCAGUGACUUGAUGGCAGCAGUGGGCGAGCCCAACAUGUCAGACUUCUUCCCCUUUCUCCGGCGCAUGGAUAUUCAAGGGAUCCGGCGCCGCUUGACAGGCUACACUGCGGGGAUGAGCAAGAUGCUUGAUCGUUUCAUUGAUGGACGGGUAAUGGCGAGGAAAGAGAGCAACUACCGUCCCGUUAACGAUGUCUUGGAUGUUCUUCUAGACAUAUGCGAGGAAAAUAAUGAUGAGCUCGACCGAACCAACAUGCAGCACUUGUUGAUGGAUCUAUUUGCUGCCGGGACAGAUACAACUUCCAUUACACUUGAAUGGGCUAUGGCAGAGCUGAUCCACAACCCAGCCAUCCUCUCAAGGGUCCGAGAAGAAACUGAUCGAGUCAUAGGUAGAGGCAACCUGGUCCAAGAAUCCGACACCGCCAGCCUCCCUUACUUACAGGCCGUAGUGAAAGAGACCUUCAGAAUGCACCCAUCCACGCCUUUCCUGAUCCCUCGCAGGGCCAGGGAAGACACAGAGGUCAUGGGCUUCACAGUCCCAAGAGGUGCGCAGGUGCUGGUGAAUGCCUUUGCAAUAGGCCGUGAUCCAGAGAGCUGGGAGGACCCAGACUCGUUCAGGCCCGAGAGGUUUUUAGGGUCGGAGAUCGACGUGAAGGGACGAGAUUUCGAGCUGAUUCCAUUUGGGGCGGGCCGACGGAUCUGUCCAGGGUACCCGCUAGCACUGAGGAUGCUCCCGCUGAUGGUGGCUUCUCUGGUCCAAGGUUUUGAUUGGAAGCCUGAAGGUGGGGUAAGUCCCAAGGAUAUGGACAUGGAGGAUGUGCUCGGGCUCGCCCUCCGUAAGGCUAGACCAUUACGAGCCAUUCCAAUUCCUGUGCAGUAG